AUGGUUCGGAAAGGCGUAUUAUCACCGGCGGAAUCAGGUGUAUUUAUCGCUAAACAUGCGACACAUGUAAAAAUUGUCGAAGAUGGACGAGAAACGUUAAGUAACGAGAUAUUGUCCAGUAUUAAAGCAAAUCAACUACAAAUGCCUGAUACAGGAGCUGAUGAAAUCCAUCCAUCUAAAGAUAACCCGAGAGCUGUGGACUGGGUCUUUGUAAUAGAUGCCCUGAACUUUUGUUUUUGGUCAAAGAGUAAAGAUGACCGGUGGAUUGUCAAUGGAUACUCAGGAUAUUUUGCUUUAGAAGCUGCCUUAAAUAGAGCAAUAAAGAAUGGUGUUGAUAUAGAAAACCCAGAGUUUUAUUACAAUGUCACUAAAGAACAGCUCAGUGAUAUCAUGAAAGGUGAUAAUGCGGUUGAAAUGCCACUGUUGGACCAGAGAGUAUCUGUAUUGCACGAAGUUGGAAGAAUACUUCUAGACAAGUACAAUGGCACAUUUGAAACAUGCGUAAAGGAAGCAAAAAAAUCUGCACUUAGUUUGCUGGAAAUUGUGGUCAAUAACUUUCCAUGCUUUAGGGAUGAGGCCUUUUACAAAGGCAAACAUGUCUCAUUCUAUAAAAGAGCGCAGAUCUUAGUUGCAGACUUAUGGAAUUUCUUCAAUGGUACUGGCUGGGGGGAGUUUGUAGAUAUUGAAAGGAUCACAAUGUUCGCAGAUUAUAGGGUACCGCAAGUGCUGGUGUAUUUCGGAGUUAUGAGGUACAGUGAUGAGUUGAUGAAUAUGUUGACUAAUGAUGUACUUCUUGAUAGUGGAUCAGAAGAAGAAGUAGAAAUUCGUGGCUGCUCCAUUCAUGCGGUGGAAUUAUUAAAGAAAAGUAUUGAAAAAAAAAUAAAGGACAAAGGACUGAACGUCCAAGUGCCUAAUUCCAGUUUGAUUGACUACUUUCUUUGGUGCUACAGGAGAAAACAUGAAAAAGAAGUGGAGUGUAUACCUUUUCAUAAAACUUUGGGUAUUUAUUAC